CUGCGUAAAGCCCCGUCUUCGUAGCAUUCGUUUUGCCAAGUGCAAAGCAAAGGAGGCGACGACGAAUACACGAGCGAGUAAGCAUUGAUGGUCCAGUAGCGGACGCGAGAUAGAUUUACCUUUUUCCACUGCUUGUAUCCAACAAAACCGCCACAAUUUUGGAGGUAUUGUCAGCAGAGGGCGUUUGUGGUUGCGGCGAGUGUGCAACCAGCGGCGGCACUGUACCGAGCGGCAGCGGCGGAGGAGGCGGCGGCGGUACGGUUGCAACUUCCGGGGCUAUGGGUGCCCCGUCAAACGGCUCCAAGACGGCACAUUCAAAGGUUGCAACCGGAGGAGGUCAUGCCAACACGCAGACCUCCAGCAAGCGUUCCAGCAGCGGUGCCGACGGUGACUACCAGCUGGUGCAGCAUGAGGUGCUCUACUCCUUGUCCGCCCAAUAUGAGGUCCUAGAAUUCCUCGGCCGCGGUACGUUCGGGCAGGUGGUGAAAUGCUGGAAGAAGGGCACAAGCGACAUCGUCGCGAUCAAGAUCCUCAAGAACCAUCCGUCCUAUGCGCGCCAGGGCCAGAUCGAGGUGUCGAUCCUGAGCCGCCUCAGCCAGGAGAAUGCGGACGAGUUCAACUUUGUGCGAGCGUUCGAGUGCUUCCAGCACAAGAACCACACCUGUCUGGUGUUCGAGAUGCUGGAACAGAACCUGUACGACUUCCUCAAGCAGAACAAAUUUUCGCCGCUACCGCUGAAGUACAUCAGGCCCAUCCUGCAACAGGUUUUGACGGCCCUGUUGAAGCUGAAGCAGUUGGGACUGAUCCACGCUGACUUGAAGCCGGAGAACAUCAUGUUGGUGGAUCCUAACCGACAACCGUACCGCGUGAAGGUGAUCGAUUUCGGGUCGGCGUCGCACGUGAGCAAAACGGUGUGCAAUACGUACCUGCAGUCCCGCUACUAUCGCGCACCGGAAAUCAUCCUCGGGUUGCCGUUCUGCGAGGCGAUCGACAUGUGGUCGCUCGGCUGUGUGGUGGCGGAACUGUUCCUGGGUUGGCCCUUGUAUCCCGGGUCAUCUGAGUAUGAUCAAAUCAGGUACAUAUCGCAGACACAGGGUCUACCGACUGAGCACAUGCUAAAUAGUGCCAGCAAGACGGCAAAGUUCUUCUACCGUGAUGUCGACUCGACGUAUCCGUUCUGGCGGUUGAAAACACCCGAGGAACACGAAGCGGAAACGAACAACAAGAGCAAAGAGGCCCGAAAGUACAUCUUCAACUGUUUGGAUGAUAUUGGGCAGGUGAAUGUGCCGACCGAUAUCGAGGGUGGACAGCUGUUGGCCGAGAAGACGGAUCGUCGGGAAUUUAUUGAUCUGCUGAAGAGGAUGCUUACGAUCGAUCAGGAACGUCGUAUCACUCCCGGCGAGGCGUUAAAUCAUUCGUUCGCGACGUUGGCACAUCUGGUCGAUUAUGCGCACUGUAACAACGUGAAGGCUUCAGUGCAGAUGAUGGAGGUUUGUCGGCGUACGGACUCGAUGAUUCACACUUACAAUCUGAGUGUGCAACCAACGACGGCAACGCUAGUGACAAACUUUGUGCCGAAUACCACCGAGAACAUGACGAUCACAUUCAACAAUCAGGUGCAGCGGAUUGUACGCGAACGGGCACCGACCUACGACAACCAUCUGUACCAGAUCUAUGGCGGCCGUAAUGUGGGACGCCAGUACAGUAAUGCACGUCCGGAUGCGUUUCCGCAUCAGUUGGUGUCGAGUAUUCUGUGUCCGCCGGGCUAUCAGACGAUGCCAAGCCCGACCAAGCACGUUGUUGUUGGUGGUACCUCGAUGCAACCGCCAUUACAGGUACCUCCGCAGCAGUACGUGAACGUGCCCGUACCCGUGUCGAUGGUGGAACCAUCGUCCGGCCAACGGAUGCUGCUCACAAACGCAGUGCAACCGAACGUCGCAUGGCCACAGUCGGGUCGGCAGGUCGCAAUCGUUCCUUCGUGGUCGCAGCAACCGGGUCCAGCUCACUCGCUGAUCGUUGAUUCGGCACCGUUCCUGAAGCUUGAAGGAAUCUACCCGAACCCGCACCUCAACAUCCAAACGAGCCAUCACGAGCCGAAGAAAGAGUCACCCGUGCAUCAUCUGGUUGUUCGUAAAUAUUCCAGCGUUUCCCGGCACGACAAAAAGGAAAACAACCAAUUGUCGCCGGUCAAAAAGCGUGUCAAGGAGAACACUCCACCCCACCAGCGGUACAACCGGAGUCACAUGUGUCCGCAGUAUCAUGACAAUGGUACGAGCAGCGGUACUGGUGCUGGAGCUAGCAGCAGCACCGUCGCCUCAUCCUCCUCGUCGACGUCCUCGUUCUACCAGCAGCAACAGCAGCAGCAGCAGUCGUCGCAAGUCCCAAGCACUGGUGGCAGUCAGCAGAUGCAAGCACCGCCGGUACAGCAGGCACAGGCACAGGCUCAAGUUCCGGCACCACAGCAUCACCAUCAUCAUCAUCAUUCGCAGCAGCCACAACCGCAGCUAGCGAGUGGAAGUAGCGGCAGUGGUCACCACAGCCAUCACCAUCAGCAGCAACACUACCAGCCGGUUGAUUCUGCGGGACCGAUCAGCGGAGGAGGUAACAGUGGUAGUGGUGCGGGCAAUCUGCAUCAUUCGUCUUCGUCCACCUCGUCGUAUGGUGGAAGCGGCGGUUCGUCUGUAGUGAUGGGUGGAAAUAUUCACCACAGUGGUAGUGGCCAUCAUCAUCAUGGUAGUAGUGGACAUAUACACCACGGCCAUAGCCACGGUCAUCACAACAGUGGACAUCACGGUGGUGGUCACCACGGGCAUGGCGGAAGCUACAGUGGCGGAAGCAGCAAGCAGCAAACCAUCACGAUCCACGACACACCGUCCCCGACGGCUGUGAUUACGAUCUCGGACAGUGAGGACGAAUCGCCGGAGGUGAAGCACAAUAACAGCUCUUCCUCCAAGAGUUCGCACACCGGCUCGAAUCAGGCGUCGUGUACACGUGGCACACAUCAGUCGUCUUCGUCGUCGUCGUCGUGUCGCGGAGGUGGUAAUGGUUGCAGCGGUGGCAUCAAGACGUCCUCUUCUUCGUCGACCGUUGCCCACAGCUCAGGUCAUCAACAACAACCGUAUCAACAGUAUCCGCCACAACAGCAGCAUAUGAGUGUGAUCAGCGGUGGAAGCAGCAACGGUGGAAACGGUGUAUCUUGUAGUGCUGGAUCGAGCAGUGGUCGGCAGCGAAAAUCGGCUGCCGUGACAUCAACCGCCACAGCUUGCGUUACGGUUGGGGACAGCGAUGGCGAAGGAGAGCGUCGUAGUCCAAAGCAUCAACCGAUAAAAUACGAACAGCAUGUAGGACAGUCGCAGAAGAAACGUCUUCUAGCGAUGGCACAGAACGAAUGUCUGCUACUACCUUCGUCGGGUAGUAGCAGCAGCAGCAGCGGUGGCCAACAGCCGCUGCACGUUCCGAAACAGGAACCGAGCGAGUUUGUUGCGUACGAGUAUCCUUCGCAACAGCAGCAUGUGGACAAACGUUCCUCGUGGGCACCACCCACGAUGGGAUCGUCGUCCUCCUCCUCGCAUUAUGGCAACGGUGGUGGACACAAGCGCGAAUCAUCGUCCUAUAUUCCAUCGUCGUCGGCGUCUUCAUCGUCCUCGAUGGCAGCGGCAACAGCGGCAGCAGCAGCCGCAGCCGCCGCAGCCAUUCAGCAGCAGCAACAGCAACAACAUCAGGGCGGUAGUGGAGGAGGCUGUAGCGGUGGUGGUGCGCUUGGACAUGCUCCCCCACCCCAUGCUCACGCCAAGAGCACACCAACCGGAGCAACAUCGUGGGGUCCACCAACGGCUGCCGUCUACAGGCAACAUCAGCCGAGCGCCAACACUCCACUGGGCAGCUCACCGGGAGCGAUCCUGCAGCAGCAUCAGCAACACCAGGCCCAACAGCAGCCGGACAUUUACGCCCAGGGCGAUAUGUACCGCCGAUCGGCGGUAUUCGUGUCCCAGGCAGCGCCCUACCAGACGGCGUACAACCGUGUCGUACCGCCGCCAGCCCACAAUGCGUCCAGCCGGCAGGUGCGGAACACACCGCUAAGCACUAGCUCGCCGUACGCGCCCAAACACGACAGCACGACCAGCACUGAGCGAUUCCCGUCUUUUCCGUUGCAGGUACUGCCCACGCAUCCGUUGCCGGCGCACAUACAAUUUCCAACCGCCCAGUACGGCCAGUUUGGGCCACUGAGUCCGGCUCAGAUUGCCAACAAGCAUCCUUACGCGUGGUUCGGCGAGUAAUAAUGCCCGGACCGGAUUUUCCUUCGAU